CCCAACCGAUUAGACCAAGAAUAAAAAAACCAAGUUACUCUUCACUUCCUUCUAUGGUCAUAGACUAGACUUUGGAUCUUUUCACGUUUCUCCUUGCACGACUCAUUUUGGAAACUAGUUUACGGCUUUACACAGCACAUUCGUGGUCUAGGAUUGCGUGAACCAAUGUCAGAAGUUACUAUACGAUGAGGCGAUGAGGACGAGUUUCCGUGCGUUACCAAACACAGCACAUUCUCUGGGAAUCUCCGAAUCCACGAUUCCGUGAAACAAUUUUCUCACGUUAGCGCACCCGCUGUUUGGUUACACCGAGAAUCUUAACCCGGACAUGGAAAAAGCACCCGAAACUGGAAUCGAGGAAUCAUCAUCUCCAAACACAUCGCAAGAUGAUCACAAGCAGUGGAUCGAGGCUCAGGAUGAUCUAAAGAGAAGACUGGUAACAGAGGACGAUUUCUCAUGGAAAUUAUCGAAAGAGAACGAGGAGGAAGAGGAAGAGGAAGUGUUGUUGAGAUAUGUUGGUGGGGUCGACAUAAGUUUCUCAAAGGAGGACACGUCAGUUGCUUGUGGGACCCUCGUGGUGUUGGACAUGCAAAGUCAAGACCUUCAAACUGUGUAUCAUGAUCACUAUCUUGUUACACUUACUGUUCCUUAUGUUCCUGGCUUCCUUGCUUUCCGAGAGGCGCCGGUUCUUCUAGAGCUUUUGGAGAGAAUGAAAAAGAAUGCAAUUCCAUUUUAUCCACAGGUGUUAAUGGUUGAUGGAAACGGAAUACUUCAUCCUCGAGGUUUUGGCUUGGCUUGCCAUCUAGGUGUUUUGGCUGACCUCCCUACAAUUGGGAUUGGAAAGAAUCUGCAUCAUGUGGAUGGUCUUACUUAUUCUGGAGUGAGACAACUACUAGAAAACAAAGAAAAUUGCACUGAAAAUUUUAUUACUUUGAGUGGAUGCUCCGGGAAAAUAUGGGGAGUGGCAAUGAGAUCCACAAAGGGCUCCUUGAAGCCUAUAUUUAUUUCUGUUGGUCACCGUGUAUCACUUGAUACUGCCAUCACAAUUGUUAAAAUGACUUGCAAGUAUCGCGUGCCAGAGCCUACCCGGCAGGCUGAUAUUAGGUCAAGAGAAUACUUGCGUAAGCAUCAAACGGGCAUGUCAGAAUGAUGCAACAUCAUGGAUCUGCACUCAAUAGACUGGAGUUGUGGGUACACCUUCUAGAUUAUAAAGUAGACAUGCCAGGGAAAUACUUGACUUGCACAUUACAAAUUUAAAUGACAAGAAGGUUGGUACUUUUAUUCAUUUAAAUGGAAACUGGAGAGAGUUGAAAAGGCACCAUCUUGGUGAAAGGUUCUAUAUAUCUGACCUUUCACAAGGCAUUUCUUUUUUCAUUGUUAUAUGGGCUAUAAAUAUAUUUGCACUACCAACAUAUGCUAUAUUGAAAUUGGCUAUAUUGAAAUUGGCACAUAUGCUAAGUGAUGCUGCCAAAGAAGAUUAAUUUGUUGCUACUUCACAAUUUUGUCCAUUGAAGAUUUUUUGUAUAUGAUCAAUGUGCGAAGUCUAACUGAAUCAAGAGUCGUAUGGUUUGAAAGGUCUAGUUAUUAUAUCUAUUCUAGGGUUAAAAUAGUUUUUAAUUUGGGUUUUUGUUUUACAAGUUAUAGCUAGUUUUCUUAUCAAUGGCAAAACUGUAAUUUCAUCAACUUCUGUGAAUAACGGUCUGUGGUAAUUGAGUUAAGUCUAGAAUUUUGUAGUAGACUUAAGUGUUUUAGGUAUAUUUCUUUGAGUCCAAGUUAGUCAUUUAUUUCCUUAUUAGGCUUUGGACAAAGUUUUCCUCCAAUCCGGUUUGGGGCAAUCUCCUCCAACCCAUUACAUAGCGACUCAUAAAGACAUCCACAUGUAUUAUUUAAAAAGUCACAUGAAUCAUUAAAUAGGUCAUGUAACUAAAAGUAUACAUGUAUGUUUUUCUCAAUUACCAUGUAGUGGGUUGAAGGAGUUUUCCUCCAAACUGGUUUGCAGGUAUGCUUUUUCCAUAGGUUUUUAUUUUAGUAGAAUUUGGAUUUCUAAUACUACUAUUACAAGAAAGAAUCUUUAUAUUUAUGCUCAAUUUACUCAAAGAAUUCAUGGAUUUGAUUAAUAGAAACAUUGAGCGUUUUGAGUAUUGGGGUACAUUGACCUUAGUGUAUUACCUUUUCCUUUUCACUCCUCGCUUUCUCUUCUUCUUUGUCACUAUCACUAUUUAUGGUUUUGUUUAUGUGCACUAUUCACAAUAUUGUUCACUUGUACUUGUUACUCUACUUUUAACAACUUAUGGACAAAUUCAAUCUCAGUUUCUUAUUACCUCUUUUACAGCCCGAAAUCAAAAUUUUCCUUUUCCUACCAAACCUUAGUCAUUCUUCGAAUGGCGUUAAGGCAAGUGGCACCUCCAGGUCCUCCCCCCAAUAAGUAUGGGAUGAUGGGAAAUAGUGGAUGUUUAAAUACCCUCAGGUGCCUGAGUAUAUUAUCUAGCAAAAAAAAAAACCAUUAGUUUUCCUAAACCUAAGCCCAGUACAAGCAUACCUAAAAUCAGCACAGAACAUAUUCCAAGUCCCUCCCAUCCCCCCUCCCUCAAGAUUUUGAAGUAACCAAGAAGAUUUUGCAACCAUUGAAUGAAAGGUUUUAUUUUUAAUUGAAGCAAAUCUGGAAGAACUGUCUACUAUUCUAGAAACUUAUAUAAGCUAUCAGGUGCUAUUUUGGCCACAAAUCUUGAUUGAUUACUGUUUCAACAAGAUUUGUGUGUAAUCAUUUUUUAGCAUAGAUUUGUGUGUCUGGUUUAAUCCUUCAUUAAAUUUAUAAUUGUAAUGCA